UCAUCAUUUUCCUUUGAGAAAGAAGUUCGUGCUAUUAUAGUAGUACAGUAGUAGUCGUCGCGUACGAAGAAACAACACAACAACCAAAUCAUUUCUGGGGAAAUAGCCUCAAUAAACCAAAGCGAGGACGAAAGAAAAUGAACUUUACGAGUAUAGAAUUAUAAAUAUCCGUGAGCCGUCAACUCGCCGUCAAAUUUCCAAGAGUAAAAUAACUUGGACGGUGGCCUAUGAAAGCGUUCCUUUGAUGUAACAGUGUUUUUCUCAUUAUCAGGUGAAAAAAGUUCUGUUGUUGGUUUAACCAUUAUUAUAACGAGAUGCGUGUAGCAACAGUUGAUGAGUCGAACAAGAGACGCGAAUGUCAUCGCUACUUUAAACUCGACCUUUUUGGAUUUCGGAUGCGGAUGAAAAAUACGAUAAUUGUCAAACUUAUCCGCCGUUGCAAAUAAUUUCAUGAUCUUCACGAGAUAAUACACAUCUUUAUGUCAAAAUCGCACAAUGUUUUCAGCAAGAAUUACCAAAUGUCGCUGAGUUUGGUAUCAAUACUGCUUCGUCAAGCCUGCUCAUAAAACUUUUCAUACAUAGAUCCAAGCAUGAAACCAGUUUUAUAAUACCUAAGGAUUUGGAAGAAAGAAAGAUGGCGCUUUGUAUAGAUGAAAACAAAUGAACUUUUGUAAAUGCUACGGCUCUCUAACUUGAGAGAAAUAAAAGAUUGCAUAUUCAUUGAACACCGACGAAAAACGACGAUAGCAUUUUAGGCGCUGACUCGCCAAGGCAUCGCAGAUAAAUCCGUGGUCGUUUCCUCGAGACGGACAAAGGAUCAUUUCUCGUUGGGCUAUGAGUCCAAACGUUUUUAAGGGUCGUCAAAGUGCACGAGUCAUGGCAUCGAAUGGCUAUUCGAAUUCAGCUGCUCCAGCCACACCGACAACAACCCAACAUCAACAACAAAAUCACUCACCGCCCUGUGAGUCCCCGAAUUCUAUGCCUUGGUUCGGCAUGGAUAUCGGUGGUACGCUCUCGAAAUUGGUAUACUUUGAGCCGAAGGAUAUAACGAGAAUCGAGGCGGACGCGGAGGUUGAGACACUCAAGAACAUACGACGUUACUUGACGAAAAAUUCAUCGUACGGUAAAACGGGACACCGUGACACGCAUUUACAAAUGGACAAUGUGUUGAUACGAGGUAGGAGAGGUACUCUCCACUUUAUUCGAUUUCCAACUAGCGAAAUGGGCAAUUUUUUGGCUCUAGCAAAAUCUAAAGGGAUGGCUAAUUUGGUCACCACUGUUUGUGCAACGGGUGGAGGUGCCUUCAAGUUUGAAGAAAAUUUUAAAAAGGAAGUGAAUAUGAGUUUGGCCAAGUUUGACGAAUUGAACAGUUUGUUACACGGAAUGCUGUACAUAGAAACGACGAAUCCCCACGAGUGCUAUUACUGGUCUCAUCCGACCGAUGAGACUAAAUGUUGCCAGGUUCCUUAUGACUUUUCCGAGCCCUAUCCCUUUUUGCUCGUCAAUAUAGGCUCAGGCGUGAGUAUAUUAGCGGUUUAUGGCCCGGACAAGUUCAAGAGGAUAUCCGGCACCAGUCUGGGUGGUGGAACUUUUCUCGGUCUUUGUUGUUUACUCACCGGUUGCAAUAGUUUCGAAGAGGCGAUCGAGCUUGCAACGAGCGGGGACAAUACGAGGGUGGAUAAACUCGUUAAGGAUAUUUACGGCGGUGAUUAUGGACCGUUCGAACUUCCAGGAGAUCUCGUAGCGAGCAGUUUUCUCAAUGUAUUCAGCUUCGGUCAGAUGAAUUCGAAAAAUCGUCGUAACGCUGUAAGCAAAGAGGAUCUCGCUCGUGCUACCCUCGUCACAAUCACAAACAACAUUGGCUCGAUCGCCCGAAUGUGCGCCGUUAACGAAAACAUCGAAAGGGUGGUAUUCGUCGGUAAUUUUCUAAGGGUCAACGAAAUAUCUAUGAAAUUGCUCGCUUACGCGAUGGAUUACUGGUCCAAGGGAACUAUGAAGGCCUUUUUUCUGCGACACGAGGGUUACUUCGGAGCGGUCGGCUGUCUAUUGCAAUACAAUGGUGAAGCGAGCUAAAAUUCGGAUAAUUCAACAAAUUCAUAUCUCCGGCAUUCCACUUAAUUCAAAUAGUGUUAAAUUACUCAUAAUAUUAUGUAAUGUGUAAGCAUGGAGCAUGGAGCAACGGGUCUCGUUUGUCACCGGUCGGAAUGACAUUUAAUUAUUUAUUUUUGUCGUUGCUGGGUAAAUUCAUUUCGGAAAGAGAUUCCAUCUCUGUGUGCCAAACGCGAGAAAACAAUAAUAAUUAUUUUUAUUACCACCGCAUUGGUUUUUCAACAUAUCGCUGUUUAGGGGCGAGAGAGAAUGAAGCAACCCGUAAUUCAAUUCAAUUCAGCCGGUGAAAAUGCCCCGCUUACGAAAAACUCUGGCGGAAAAAAAACAUUUUUUGGAAAAAGACCGUUGCUAAAUGGCACAAAAUUUGCAAAAUAUCACACAAACGGAACAAUAAAAUUUUACGAAUAUCAUCAAGGACCAAAAUCAACUGAAUAAUUUGCAAUCACUAAAUGAGAAAGUAUGACUCGUUGGAAAUAUCGUAGCGCUACGAACGGGCGCGUCGAAAUGAACCCACGCACAUACGAGUAAUUAUGAUGAUGCUAAUAAUGUUUCCGACGAACCGGCGAGUAACGGAAUUAAUUUCUUAUCAGGCAUUUUUUUUUCUUUUUUUAUAAUCGCUCGUAAAUAUAAUAAACGGAGUGAUACGCUGCUGGUGCAGUUUUAAUCAGGGAUAAUGUAUUGUUAUGAAUUGAUAGUUUCGAAUUUCGGUAUUAUGGUAAUCAUUUUUUGCGUAACUCAACGCUUCAGAACGAGUGUGUACUUGUACCAACUAUCUCGCGUGUCGGACAUGUGCGCUCGCUCAAUUGACGUAUUCUCGAACGUUGGAUUCAAAGAAAAUCACGAAAGUCGUCAAAAGAUUCGAUAUUUGUACACGAGGUCAACUUGGUGACUUGGUGACUCGUGUCCUCUUGUACUGCUGACUUGAAAAAAAUCAAUUUAGAGUCUAAUGAACGAUUAUAAAUAUCGAUAUUGUGAAAAAACAAUGAUACGAAUAAACGAGCAUUUAUUAAUGGAAA